AUGGCUUCAACCAUUCUUCCAUUAACCAAUCUUCAAUUCGCUUCGUUUCAUUCUCACCACUCUCUUCCAUCCAUCGCCAAGUGGGGAUGGAGAAGAGAGCAAGAUGCAGGCAUGGCAUUACAUAGAACUCAAAGUCAAGCAUUUCGAGUCCUUGCUAAUCCCAAUGUAUCUUCAGGAAAGGAUGGUUCAAAAAAGGAUGUAAUCAUGGUUGAUCCUGUGGAAGCCAAGCGAUUAGCGGCCAGACAAAUGGAAAGAAUUAAAGCAAAAGAAAAACUCAAGAAAAGACGCCAAAUUGAGGCAAUUAAUGGAGCUUGGGCGAUGAUUGGCCUCACGGUGGGCCUAGUUAUUGAAGGUCAAACCGGAAAAAGUAUUACAACUCAGCUGCAAGACUACUUUGGAGCAAUUAUUCACUUGUUCGUGAAGUAG